GUCCCGUUCCCUACACAACAUGGCGGCCCCCAUGUUGCUGCCCGCGGCGGCUCCGGAAAAGCUGGGCCAUAAAAAAUACAAAGCUAUUCUGAAGAAAGAAAAACGAAAGAAAAAGAGACAAGCACUUGCCAGAUUAAGAGAUUCAGAAAUCACAGAAAAAAGUGAACCAUUGCCUGAAGAGGAGGAACUAGAAGAAGAGGAAAAACAACUUGAGGCUGAAAGGCAAAAACUACAUGAGGAAUGGUUGCUGAGAGAAGAAAAGGCUCAAGAGGACUUCAGGCUCAAGAAGGAAAAGGAAGAGGCCAUGAGAAGACUUCAGGAGGAAGAGGAGAGAAAGAUAAAAGAAGAAUGGGAAGAACAGCAAAGGAAGGAGAGAGAAGAGGAGGAGCAGAAGCAACAGGAGAAGAGAGAAAGAGAGGAAGCUGUGCAGAAGAUGCUGGAUCAAGCUGAAAGUCAGCUGGAAAAUGGCGCUACCUGGCAUAACCCAGAACCCCCAGAGAACAUAGGAACGGAGAAAGAUCGAGCUAAUUGCCCAUUUUAUAUCAAAACAGGAUCCUGCAGAUUUGGAGACAGGUGUUCCCGCAAACAUAACUACCCAACAUCUAGUCAGACGCUUCUGAUCAGAGGUAUGUUUGUUACGUUUGGGAUGGAGCAGUGUAGAAGAGAUGACUAUGAUACAGAUGCGAGUCUUGAAUACAGUGAGGAGGAAACGUACCAGCAGUUCUUAGACUUCUAUGAAGAUGUACUGCCUGAGUUCAAGAAUGUGGGAAAGGUUAUUCAAUUCAAGGUCAGCUGCAACUUUGAGCCUCACCUGCGGGGAAAUGUAUAUGUUCAGUACCAGUCGGAGCGAGACUGUCAGGAAGCCCUUACUCUAUUCAAUGGACGAUGGUAUGCAGGACGACAGCUUCAGUGUGAAUUUUGCCCAGUGACAAGGUGGAAAACUGCUAUAUGUGGUUUAUUUGAAAGACAGAAAUGCCCGAGAGGGAAACACUGCAACUUUCUUCACGUAUUCAGAAAUCCACACAACGAGUUUUGGGAGGCCAAUAGAGACAUACAUAUUUCUCCUGAACGGACCAAUCAGUCAGCCAAAAACUCUGAAAGGAGAAACAGAACAGGCUAUCACGAGGACUAUUACAGCAAGUCAAGAAGACGGAGCAGCCCCAGCCCAGAUCAUUCUUACAAAAGAAAUGGAGAAUCAGAGAGGAAAAAAAGUAGCUACAAGAGCAAGAAAAGACGGCGGUCUAGCAGGUCAAGAAGUUGGGAGCGAAGGCGGUCACAUAGUAGAGGGAAGAAGAGGAGAGGUCGUAGUCGCAGCAGAAGCCGUAGUUGUACACGUGGUCGUAGUAGAAGCUCCUCUCGGUCCAGGAGUCGGGGCAAAAAGAGGUCAAAUAGCAGAGGAAGAAGUAAUGAACCCCUUCCCAAAAAGUGA